AUGCACUUAUCUUUUGAUGACGACAAGACAAGCGGACUAACAUUGCCACGGCGACAAACCACUAUUGUUGCUAGGAUCCCGGGGGAGGAGGCAUUGUGCCCGAGUUACUUUGCUAAGGGCCCCCAUUGUUGCUCAGUUGUGAGGGAGCAGCCUCCUGUAAUAACAACCGCUACAAAGGGGCCUGCACAUCGCCUUGUUGCAGCGCGUGCAUUCUCGCUCUGCCGCCCAGCUUCUUCAAAGAUUAAUCUAUGCAGUUCCUUCCGCUAUGAAGGCUCAUUAUUCCCAGCGAUGAGUUCUAUGCUGCCUGGGACCUCCGCCUCAUGUCUCCGCAUUAGGAGACCUUUGUAUUCAUGGAGUAUGGCAAUGAGCGGAUCCUACCGCCGCUGGGUCUUGGAGAUAUACCCGAAGAAUGCACAAGUUAACUUAGCUGAAUAUUUUGUUGUAAUCAGACUCUCCCCAACCCUUCACACUGUAUCUUUUGCAAAGCUUUCCUUCCUGGGGGAGUUAAUGAUACCAUCAGGAGAUGUCAGCACAUGGCACCAACCAUUCGACACGUCAACAAGAGAUAACUAG